GCGGGGAGAAGUGGCAUUUGAGUCCUCCCGUAUCCCAGCAGGCAGUGCAGUCUGGAGAAGCUGACAAAGGAGCGGGGGAGCAGUCGCAGCUGCUAUCCGAGAAGCCAGUGUUGCCGAGGUCUCACCAUCUAGCCAAGGCUGGCAUAGAACUCACAGUCCUCCUGAUUUCACCUCUUGAGCACUAGUAUUAGAUUGCCAAAAUGCUUUGGACUUUUUAACUGAAUCUAACAAAGUCCAAAAUAAACUUGAGACUGUAAAAACAGAAGCUGCAGAAGGGAGAUUCAGUGCCAAUGCAUCAACAAAAAAGACAACCAGAGUUAGUGGAAGGAAAUCUUCCCGUUUUUGUGUUUCCCACAGAGCUAAUAUUUUAUGCAGAUGAUCAGUCAACACAUAAGCAAGUGUUGACUCUGUACAAUCCCUAUGAGUUUGCCUUAAAGUUCAAAGUUUUGUGUACUACUCCGAAUAAGUAUGUUGUUGUGGAUGCUGCAGGUGCAGUUAAACCUCAGUGCUGUGUGGAUAUUGUGAUACGUCACAGAGAUGUUCGAUCCUGCCACUAUGGUGUAGUAGACAAAUUCCGCCUUCAAGUUUCUGAGCAAAGCCAGAGGAAGGCUUUAGGAAGGAAGGAGGUUGUUGCUACUCUUCUCCCAUCUGCAAAAGAACAACAGAAGGAAGAAGAGGAAAAAAGAAUAAAGGAUCAUUUAACUGAGAGUUUGUUUUUUGAGCCAUCGUUUCAACCAGAAAGCAGAAGUGUGUCGUCAGGCCCUAGUUUACUGACUGUCUUCCUGGGAGUGGUGUGCAUUGCAGCUCUGAUGCUGCCUACGCUGGGGGAUAUGGAAUCGCUUGUGCCUCUCUACCUCCACUUAAGCGUGAAUCAAAAAUUAGUAGCUGCUUACAUCUUAGGUCUUAUCACAAUGGCUAUACUACGGACAUGAGAGAAGAUUUAAACUGACUUCCGGAGUAAAUUUAUAUUGAAAAUAUAUUGAAUGUGGACUGCCUUUUAUCCCUAUUUCACUCCAUUAACACUACAAACUGUUGAAUGAUUUCAAAUAAUUGAAAACGUAUAAUAUAUAUAUAUAUAUAUAUAUAUAUAUAUAUAUAUAUAAUUACUCAGUAAUUUUAUUUGCGGGAUUCCAGCACUUUAUGUUACAGACAGUAAAGAUGAUUCUAAAUGAUAGAGGAAUUAUUUGAAGAGAGUCUUUUAAGUUCUGUAUCUAUUGUGCAAAGACUUUAAUGAAAACAUUUGUUAUUUUCUCAUCUUCUCUUCUAAAUUCACUUUAAUUGAUAAGGUCCAUAUGUCCUUCAACAUUAAAGGCCUAAAUGAACAAACUGACUAGCUUAAAAAUAAAAUUGUAUUUAUUUGCUAGCUAUGAUCAAUGCUACUAUGUAACUUUAUACCUUGCCCUCUAUGGUUACAAACAGUUGUUAGAGUGUUUGUAAGAAUAAGAGUUUUACAGGCACUGUGUGGAGAAUUAAACACAAGUAUAAGGUAUUAAGGGAUCAUGAUUAUUGUAGGAUCUCACAAAAAACAGGACAUGUUUAAUUCAUCUUGUGAACUACCAAAUAGAGUUGUAGUCCAGACACAAAGCAUAUAUAUAAAUAUAUAUUUAUAUAUAUAUCUUACAAAAGUAGGCUGAUGGCUCUGUUUGGUCUAAGAGUUCUAAAGGAAGGCAAGCAUUUGUUAAAUUAGUUGGCUUCGCCUGGCUUUACCUCUGGUUAAUGCUUUACGUUAAUGGGGGGAAAUCACUAACUUUUCUUCCAAGCUCUUUGUCUGCCUGCCUCUUAAGUGACAUGCCCAGAUUUGGAGGAUCAUAUGCCAGGUGGUUUGUGUGGAGAUGAUUUUUCACCUUAAACUCUAAGCCAAGUUUGGAAACCCCUUGAUACCUGUGUCUAUUUUAUAUCAGUCACUGAUACAUUUUUUAAGGUUUUAUUUAUUAAAACAACUUUACCAAAAAAGUCCCCUAAGCACAACUAUUUACAUUUCUUUAUAGCUUGUUCCAAUCUCUAACAUACAAAUAUAUAUAUA